AUGGCUUCCACCAAGCAGACUCCUAGUUCCGGUGCCCAUCCAAAGGAAGGGCCUCGAACACGAGGGAUGCGAACCCACUCGAAGCUGUCAGAUUUUCUCUUUCCACUCUUCGUUUCUACUUAUCGUAGAAGAAAACAAUCUUCCUCAGAGGCAGCUAACCCAUCUCUCCAGGUCCUCCUACACACCCAAACCCCGCCACCUGGCUACACUUUCGUCCCCAAAGGCAACGUCUACAUCACCCGCAACAGCCGUCUCCAAACCCACCAAUCCAACAAACCCGUCUACACGGUGGAACAUUCUAAAACCAAGCGCACGUUAGGCAUCUGUGUGCCAUUAGAUAUCCAUGCCAGAGUUCUUGACCUCGCUGCCGAUACCUCUGAGGCACGUGGGCUUGCAGUCGCCCAAAAGGACGCCCGCCAUGCACGCCAUGCUAAGGCUGCUCUGGAGCGUGGAUUCCCUUACAUCCCGGCUCAGGACAUGCGUGCAAUCCUAAACCACGCCUUUCUCAAAGGCUCUGGCCGUGUGGGACGCAGUGGCACGGUCGGUAGCGAUGAAAGAAAAGUGGAGUUGGCAGCUGAGGCGCACAUUCGCCAUGUGCAUACGGGUUACGAAGGUCUUCUAGAUUCCGGAAUGGACCGGGAAGACGCCAGGAAGCUUGUGUGGGACAGGGUGAAAGAGGUCAAGAGGAUGUGGAAGGAAGGAGUAUGA